AGUGUGCCCCGGCUCCGGGUUCCUGCUUCGUACCUGGAGAUCCGCGAAAAAAAUGGCCAGGCUUGAAGUUCGUCCCAUGGCCCGAACCGCCCCCGAUGAUACACACCAGCACGGCAAGUGGAUGGAGCAGUAUUUGAGCUGGAGAGAAAUUUGCAAGUGUCCUUGUGGGAAAGGAUACUAUUGUAGGCAACAUGGAGCAUGGGUCCGAGGGGACGAAGCCGAGGACGAAUACCAGUCUGAAAGAGACCAUUGCGGUUAUCCAAACUGUCCAGCACGGCACUAUGCCUCGGAUCCCGAUAAUGGCCGCAAGGACAACACUGGGUUCCAAGACAAACUCAGCAGAGCCGACGACGGUGUCCCUCCUGAGGCUCCGGACGAACCUUCGCAACUUCCUAACACGCCCGACAGGAAGCGAGCCCAAGCAUCCGGAAAGCAUCAUCGUUCCUCAAAGCAGGAUCAUUCAGAUCGCAAACGGCAAUCAACCACUAGUAGCACCGCUAGUAGCAACAUUAAGGCAAAGCCAAAAUCCAAAACUAAGGAUCGUGUUGAUAGAGCGGGUGAGGCCCAGGGGCAGUGGAAUCCCUCCAUCGAGCAACCCAAUUAUCCACAAACAGGGUACGAAACAUAUCAUGGCAACGAUUACCCGCAAACCACAUAUCAUGACAACGAUUACACAUAUCAUGGCAACAAUUACACGCAAACCCCGUCGCUCUCUUACUCACAAGAAGACUACCCGUCAUAUGCACCCGAGCAUCACAAUUCCGCUUACUAUGAUCAUGAUAAUGAGGAGGAAAGUCAACCCACUGGCUCCGGCUAGGGCUAUGAAGAUGAAUAUUCGACUGGGGAUUGAAUGAGAUAUGGAAAGGUCUCAGCCACGGUAUCCUAGUAUUAGAGCAGCUGGGGGCUCUUCUACGCUCUUUGCCGAAGGGUCGAGACUGUCCCCAAUAUGUUGACGGCGGG